AUGUCUUCCCUAAGUUCGCAAAGUCAGUCUAUAAAGAAAUCAGAGCUAUAUUAGACGAUGAAAUAGACGGAGUAUCCCUGGAGCUAAAUGAGCAGGAUCUGACUGACCUAAAGGUGCUUUGUGCUUAUUAUAAUAAGGCAUCCUUAACUUAUUUAGGCGUCCAUAGUUGGCCCAAGAGAUACGCCGUUUGAAAACGGGCUCUUUUUAAUAAGGCUGCUUUUACCCACAAAUUACCCGACAGAACCUCCGAAGGGCUUCUUUAUCACUAAAAUUUUUCAUCCAAACGUUAAUCCGAGGACCGGUGAAAUCUGCGUUGAUACUCUAAAGAAGGAGUGGAACCCCACGUUAGGUUUAAGACAUAUACUAUUGGUAAUAGAGGAGUUUGCGUUUAAACUUUCAAGAGCAUUCGUUGCCUUCUUAUAGUACCAAAUCCGGAGUCUGCUCUUAAUGAAGAGGCGGGCCGUCUGCUUCUAGAGGAUUAUGACGAAUACACUCGUCAGGCGAGGAUCUUCACAUCUGUCCAUGCGCAAGGGCCUGCUGCAGCACACAAACUCCUCCCAGAUUCCUGCACCCAGGAGUCGACAAUGUGAGUUGUUGCAUACCUCCCUUGGUACAAAUUUGGCACGUAUCCACUUAGUUUAACUUGCGACUGGCUUUGCGGUGCUCAAGGCAAGACCGCAUUGUUAUUUUUUGAUAAUGUAAUUGCGCAUGUGAAUCCGUGAUCGGUUCGCUACCGUAAACACUAUAUUGGUCAAAACUUAGUUGUUUCUUUGGCCUGCGCUCUAACGGGGUUUUGUGAAUGUGUAAGUCACUGGUAACCUAACUGACUGUCGUCCACUGUCCCCAUUGACUUCUUGGUUAAUUACCAUCUGCCGGAGCGGACUGCUCUUCUGAUUCUUCGAAUUAAUUUGCCACUUCUAGACUCCGCGACUCAAACGGCCAUCCGGAGAAAUCUACCUCAUUAAACAAGAAGAAGGCCUUGUCUGUCACCAAAAAAACAAUGAAACGUCUGUGA